CAUAACCCCACUUGUCACCAAACACCAUGCCACUCCACUCCAUUCGUAGCGGCUGUGGAUACAGAAAUUUUAGCUCAUCCUCAGCCUGUUUACCCAAGAAUGUGUGCAGAUACAGCGUCAGCUCUGUCUCUUCAAGAAGAGGGGGCAGUUGUGGUGCUCAACUGUUACCAAAUUUCAGCAGCAGAAGUGCCUGCAAUGUCGGUGUUGGAGGAGCUCAAAGGAUGUCAUUUGGAAGUUGUCAAGCUGGAAUGAGUGGAUGUGGAUAUGGUGGAUCCAGUUCUGGCUGUGGUUUUGGGUCUGGUAUUGGAUUGGGUGCUGGAUUAAGCCUUGGCGGUCGUGGCUUUGGACCUUGCGGAGCAUUUCCUCAAGGAUGCAUUACACCAGUAACUGUAAACAAAAGCCUUCUAGCACCGAUCAAAUUAGAUGUUGACCCAGCCAUCCAGAGACUUAAAAAAGAAGAGAAAGAACAAAUCAAGACUCUAAAUAACAAAUUUGCAUCAUUUAUUGACAAGGUACGAUUUUUGGAGCAACAGAAUAAGGUGCUUGAGACGAAGUGGUGUUUUCUGCAAGAGCAAAAAACAGCCAAAUUUAAUUUUGAGCCGCUAUUUGAAGCAUAUUUGUGCAACCUCCGAAGACAGCUCGAUUUCUUAGAAUGUGAGAAAGCUCGACUAGAAGGAGAAAGGAAAACUAUGGAGGAUUUAGUAGAUGAAUUCAAGAGAAAAUACGAAGAGGAAAUCCAUAAGCGGACAGCUGCUGAAAAUGAAUUUGUAGCACUUAAAAAGGACGUUGAUGCUGCUUUUCUCAAGAAAACUGAAUUACAGUCAAAGGUGGACUGUUUGAGUGAUGAAAUUGCCUUCUUGCGGUCUAUAUAUGAAAUGGAAAUAUGCCAGCUGCAGUCUCAGAUCUCAGAUACUUCAGUGACUGUGACCAUGGAUAACAACCGAGAUCUGAAUCUGGAUGGAAUCAUUGCUGACGUUAAAGCUGAGUAUGAAGACAUUGCUAGGAAGAGCAGAGCUGAAGCUGAGUGCUGGUAUCAAUCAAAAUACGAAGAGUUAAAGGUAGCUGCAGGCAAACGUGGAGAAGAUUUAAGAUGCACCAAAAAUGAAAUUGCUGAUUUGAACCGACUCAUUAAUAGAUUGAAGGGGGAGAUCGAUAAUGCCAGAGCACAGCGUUGUAAACUGGAAGCUGCUAUAACUGAGGCAGAAGAACGCGGAGAAGCCGCUGUCAAAGAUGCCAGGAACAAACUUUGUGAAUUGGAGGAUGCCCUGCAGAAAGCCAAGCAGAACAUGGCUUGCCAACUCCGAGAAUACCAGGAGCUGAUGAAUGUGAAACUGGCUCUGGAUGUUGAGAUCGCCACCUACAGGAAACUCCUGGAAGGAGAGGAGUGCAGGCUCGCUGGAGAAGGAUCAGAUUCGGUUAAGAUCUCUGUUGUAACUUCAACUUGUGGAGGAGCAUACAAUAGCUGUGGAUCCAUAGGAGGUGGUGGAUUCUACGGUAGUGGAGGAUCAACAUGCAGAGGCAAUUAUAGUUGCUCUGGACUGGAUACACCUCUAAUUCAGCUUCCAAAAUGCUGA